AGCCGGAAAUUUGGCGUGACUGUGAACAAAGCUCAGGUGCUACGUUUACCUGGUUUAUCUAUAAAGGGAAAAAACAAAUUGCAAGAUUCGAAACUCCAACAUUGAUGAUCUUGCCUCAAGAUUUGGUUAUCAUGCACUCUCGUCAAGAACCUACAUACAACAGUUCCAUUUCUUGGCGUCUCGAUAACCACACUGACGCAAGUGAUAGUUCACUGGAGGAUACCGACGAUGUCCAGCAUUCUUCAAACCGCGCAUCGUUGCUCUCAAACUCAACCUUUGGUAAAAACAAUGUAACCCCAAAGCUCGAACUUCUUGCAUUUCGCCCCCGACCCUCUGGAGCUGCCGUGAUGUCGUUGCCGAAGACCUCGUCUUCGGUUAGAACGACUUCAGAUCUUCACUGGUCUUCGGGCAUCGGCACCUACAUGGCCGCGCUCAUCGUCUCCGAAAGAGAUACCGUCGUCCACUCCGGCAAGAAUAUUUCCUUCCAAGUCGUCGAAGUACCAUUUUCAGUGAAGUUCCUAGGCGGCAGCACUCGAUGGCAGUCUCGGGCUGAGAAUAUAACUCUUUGGGUUGAGGUUCACUCACCGACCCCCAACUACUCGCUCUCCUGGUCAUGUCAUUUCCUCCACGACCCGCAAACUCCGUGCUUCAUCGCCCCCGACCCCUGGGACUACUUCCAACGCACCGUCCGUACCGACUCGCUCUCCCGCAAACUCAAGAGAACAUUCGAGUGGAAAUCGAGCCAACCUAACCCUAAAGACAGCACUGAUGAGAUCCAAAACUUCAACGAAAUUUUCGCAAAUGCGAGCUAUCAGCGACCGGGUUCUAUAAACACGAACCACGACGAAUCCUCAACACCUGCUAGCUUCGGUGACGGCUUUAUCGUGAACGAUUGGCCAACAUCAGCCGAUGAAGGCCAAUCCGAGGAGCUGACGAGCUACAUCGAGUCUCUGACAUUCCCUUGCUACAUGCUGCAGCCUCUGGCGUUUGAACUGCUCUUCAAAGUGUCCGUGACAGAAGCGUCGCGACCUCCACGGUCAUCACAGCAGCGCAUCGUCGUGCUCUCCAGUCUCGUGACGGAGUGA